CAGACUGCGUACCAGUGCCAGCGGGAACGGUGCUACGACGAGCGAGACCCGACGCUAUGGAUCCAACGGCAUGACAGCCGAGUCAAUGGCGAUUUUUAAGUUGGAUAACGGUGUUUGGCGUUGAAGGCAGACUUUAGAAGCGUUGAGAUUCAACGGCGAUGAACGCGGUAUCACUUGUUAGAUAGAAAGACAGAGAGAGAGGGGCCAAAGUGGACUCCCUCCCUCGGUAGAGCCGUUUCGCCCGAUGGAGGCUGACGGGACCUUUGCAGUGUUCUCGAGGCCCAGAGGGUCACCUGUGAAACGUCGACACCUCGUUGGAGGACGUAAUUAAGGAAAAUACGGCGCACACCUGUCUGCGCUUUGGAAGAAUUAGUUGACAACUUCUUAGUGAGCCUGUAACACUACAACGAAAGUUAGCAGGUCAAUGUUUACUGCGGGAGGCGACCGCUCGCGCAAGAUGACUAUCAUAGAUAUCACUUAACAAGAGGUUAUUCACCGCCUCAGGUAACCCAGGACAGGUGAACAACUUACCUUUUUAAUGGACUACACGCUUCUUCUGUUUGUUUUAGAAAGUUGUCCUAUCAUAUUUCGCCAGCAUCACGUUAACUCCAACUCAUUUGGCUGCGAGAAUUGAUUAUUAUUAUUAUUUUUUUUUUUUUACUUCUUGGAUUUUUGUCGCCUUUUCCUUCAACCAUGUCAUUCAAAGACAAUCCUUGUCGGAAAUUUCAAGCCAACAUUUUUAACAAAAAUAAAUGCCAGAACUGCUUCAAGCCCAGAGAAUCACAUUUGCUGAACGAUGAAGACUUAAAUCAGGCAAAACCUAUUUAUGGAGGAUGGUUGCUGCUGGCACCAGAGGGAACUAAUUUUGACAAUCCGUUACACAGAUCUCGGAAAUGGCAGAGGAGGUUCUUCAUCCUUUACGAGCAUGGCUUACUACGCUAUGCUCUGGACGAAAUGCCCAGCACUCUCCCCCAGGGUACAAUCAAUAUGAACCAGUGCUCCGACGUCAUCGACGGAGAGUCCAGGACGGGUCAGAAGAACUCGCUGUGCAUCCUGACCCCCGAGAAAGAGCAUUUCAUACGAGCUGAGUGUAAAGAAAUCAUCAACGGGUGGCAGGAAGCGCUGACUGUGUACCCCAGGACCAACAAGCAGAACCAGAAGAAAAAACGCAAGGUUGAUCCACCCUCUCACCAGGGUGGAGAAAAUGCAAGCCGGUGUUUUUCCACUGAAGACAUGAAUGGACACCCAGAGCCCGGCCCUGCCAAGGUGACGGUGACCAGCAGCGGGGGAAGCAUCCCUUGCCUGCCCAGCAGCAUCGCCAGCGCUGAGCGUGUCCCGAUGAGCCGUGCCACUCUGUGGCAGGAGGAGAGCCGCUGGAGCCGGGCCACCAUCCCCUGCAGCCGCAGCGCCUCCUGCCUCAGCCAGCUGAGCCAGAGCCAACCAGAUUCCAGUAUCACUACUCAAGACGAUGGCGGCACCAUGACCACUGGACGCAAGGUACGAGUGGAGAGUGGUUACUUCUCCCUGGAGAAGACCAAGUCAGAGCCUUCUCCCCAGCCUGCACAGCCUCCCCAGCAUCUGCCCUUGUCCUCUUCCGCGUCGUCCUCCUCUUUAGGAGCUCUCAGUCCCAGGUACAACUCUGAGUCAGAAUCCCAAACAUCCCCUUAUCAACCCUCCCAAGAUCCUCUCCCUUCUCCAGGUGCACUUGUUUCCCCCAGCUACUCCACCAUCAGCUCCUCCCAGAGCUCGCUGGAUUCCGAACCCAGCGGGAGUACACCCACCUGGGAGGGACGUGGUGGUGGAGGAAGCACCGGUAGUGUGAGUGGUGGAGGAGACAGAGUGGGCCGGCCUGGCAGGGAGUACACAGCGCUGUCUGAUGUGCCACGGGCUCGCAGGCUGAGUUACCGCGAAGCCUUCCGCUCAGAGAAAAAGCGCCAAGAGCUGAGGGCACGGACACGGAGUCCUGGCAGAGAAGAGGUGGCUCGGCUGUUUGGGCAGGAUCGCAGGCGUUCUCAAAUCAUUGGCCGAUUCGAGGAGGGUCAGUCUGAAGAGCACAUGGACACGAGCGGCGCCAAUGAGCCCGCCGCUAACGCCACGCUAAUCCAGAGACCAGGCCGCAGCGAGAGGCGCUAUCUGGCUAACAAACAUGAUUCACUGGAUGCAGGAGAGGACCGGUCAGUCCCUGAUGUGUCCAGCUCCACUUUCGCUUAUUUAAGAAGAGCCAAAUCACUGGACCGCAGAGUCACCGAGUCCUCGAUGACUCCAGAUCUGCUGAACUUCAAAAAAGGAUGGAUGACAAAACUGUACGAAGAUGGAAUGUGGAAGAAACACUGGUUUGUCCUGACGGAUCAGAGUUUGAGGUACUACAAGGACUCGAUAGCCGAGGAGGCUUCAAUACUGGAUGGUGAGAUUGAGCUCUCCACUUGUUAUGAUGUCAAAGAGUUCCCGGUCCAGAGGAAUUACGGCUUCCAAAUCCUGUGUAAAGAGGGAGCGUGCACCCUGUCGGCCAUGACCUCUGGAAUCCGUCGCAACUGGAUUCAGGCCAUCAUGAAGAAUGUGCGACCCGCUAUUGCCCCUGAUGUCACUCGGAAAAACAUCUCACUGAAACUAUCCGUUCUGAAGCCCAGAUCCCUCCAUGAGGAGAAGACAAAAGCCCACGUGACGUUGGAGCCGUGUUCACAGACCACGCCUGAGCCGAGCCCCAGUCCUGAGUUGCCCAAGUCUGAUGUCUAUAGACAGCCAGCUGGCAACAAUGGCUCUGCCCUUACCUCCGAGCCCCGUAAAAGCCGAGUUCGUGAGCGCAGACGAGAGGGUCGCUCCAAGACUUUCGACUGGUCUGAGUUCAAGAUGGAGCAGACAGAGAAGCGAGUGAACGAACGAGCGGACACAGUCGACCUCAGCUCGUCAUUCUCCACAACGUCUUCAUAUUGCUCUCCCUCCUCUUCCCCUUCCUCAUUAGCGUCCUCUCCUGUCUCUACCUCCUCCCUCCAAACCUCUUCUGUGUCCGGUGCUCACCCACCUUCUAUGACAGCAGAAGUAGAAAAGAAGAGUGUUAGAAGGGGCGUCCCUCCACAUGGCACAACCAGUGCAACCCACAUGCCAAAUACUGUUACUGUUACCAUGACCUCCACACUAAAUACUACAUCACCAGUGCCGCCAUCAAUACCUGAAUGCCAAGAGCAAGGAAAGAUGGAAGUAGAUCAUCCUCCAGCCAUGCAUCCUACUAGUGAAGAUAAGAAGGACAACAAAACCCCACGUGUCCAAGAAGAGAUUGAGCAGCGGUGGCAUCAGGUGGAGUCAACACCGUUACGAGAAGAGAAGCAAGUGCCCAUCAACACAGCUUCAGGAAACUCUGGUAACUCUGACAGACUGCCUGCACAUGAGCUUGCUGCGCUGCUAGACAAAGAGUUGGGACAGAAGCAGCAGGAGUUGGACCGACUGCAGAAGCAGAACAACGUUUUGAAAGGGCAGUUAGAAGAUGCACUAGGAAGGGAGCAGAAUGCCAGAGAGGGCUAUGUGCUGCAGGCCACGUGUGAACGUGGCUUUACAGCAAUGGAAGACACACACCACAAGGUAAUACAUGACCUGCAGAGACAGCAUCAGAGGGAGAUUUCCAAACUCAUGGAAGAGCGUGAGAGACUAUUGGCUGAGGAGACUGCUGCCACAAUUGCUGCUAUUGAAGCAAUGAAGAAUGCGCACAAGGAGGAACUGGAUAAGACUCAUCGUUCCCAACUGAGUGGACUGAACGCUGACAUCGAUGAACUGCGCUUACAAUACGAGGAGGAGCUGCAGUCCAUCCAGAGAGAACUGGAGGUGCUGUCAGAGCAAUACUCUCAGAAAUGUCUGGAAACUGCUCACCUGGCGCAGGCCCUGGAGGCAGAGAGGCAGGCCCUCAGGCAGUGUCAGCGAGAGAACCAGGAGCUAAACGCUCACAACCAGGAAUUAAAUAACCGACUCACUACAGAGAUCACUCGGAUGCGCUCCUGCUUCACUGGAGAAACAGCGCUGUCGCCACUUACCCAGGGUAAAGAUGUGUAUGAGCUGGAGGUGUUGCUACGAAUUAAGGAGUCAGAGAUCCAGUAUCUUAAACAGGAAAUCCACUCUUUGAAAGAUGAACUGCAGUCUGCUUUAAGGGACAAGAAAUAUGCCACAGAAAAAUAUAAGGACAUCUAUACCGAGCUCAGCAUUGUGAAGGCAAAGGCCGACUGCGACAUCAGCAAACUGAAGGAGAAGCUGCUCAUUGCCACAGAAGCUUUAGGCGAGAGGAACGUCGAUGGAGCGGUCGAACCUGGAUACGACAUCAUGAAAUCAAAAAGUAAUCCAGAUUUCCUGAAAAAGGAACGAGCAACAGCUUCCAAACAAUCAAGAGGCAUAAGGUCAAAGAGCCUGAGAGAGGGACUAACUGUGCAGGAGCGUAUGAAGCUUUUUGAGGCAAAAGAUUCCAAAAAGAUUUGAAUUUUUAAGAAUCCCGAGUUUCGUCUCCUGACCUCGGUUUUGGGUCAGAUUGCUCCAGCCGCCAGCGUCAGCUGAAGACUCGUAUAGGAAAUGGAAAAUAUCUAUCAAGGUCAAUUCUAAACCUGGACCUGCUGCUUCCAUGCCUCUGAUAAGUCGUCAUAUUUCCGUUAGAUGUUUUUAUUUUAUUUUUUUUGUUAAUGGAAAAAGGUUUUACUGAAUCAAUUCUGUGUCAAGUUUCUUUAAAGAAAUUCAUAGAUGUAUAAUCUGUCCAACAUGGAGAUGUGUCAAAUAAGCUGUGAGAGGGAUGCAUGACAGCAUUUUUAUUGAUCCUCCAAAAUGCCAAAAGAGACAGCAAUACACAAUAUAAAUAAUAUAUAUUUCCCAAUAUGAAUUAAGUAUCUGCUGUAUUUUAUUAUUGUUACAGUUUCUAUAUCUAAUAAUUUUUAAUGUCGCACCAGUUCUGUUGUACAUAACUACUGGAGAUAUGUUAGAGUAUGGUUUGCUAUUGAUUGUCGGGCAUCUGCUGUACUAUAACUAUGGUUUGAUUGAUAGUGGACAACAAUGUGAUGCUUAACUUGCUUAUGUAUGAGAGUUUUAUAAAACAGAGUGUUUGUGUGUGAAGGGAGAAGCGGGGUGGGAUUGCACUUAUCACUUGACUACUUGAGGAAGCCUUUUUUUUUUUUUUGUCUCAAAUUGGUGUAGUGACUUCAAGUCAUUUAUUGCAGUGCAACCAAACAUCCUGACUUCUGUCAAAUUUAGUGAACAACCGUGACUUGUUAGUAAUACUGGAUUAUUAUAAUUUUUUUUAAGUUUCUUAAAACCUGCAUUUUGUGUUUGCUCAGUUUUGACUUUGGUGUGAAAAUAUCAUCUCAGAAAACCGGAACUAUUUAGGACUUUGCAUGACUGUACAGUAUCGUUUUGAAUUGCAGAAUUAUCACGUGGCAUCAUUUUCCUACUUUAUGCUUUGGUGUGGAACUCGUAACACUAAUGAGCUUUGCUUUGCAAGUCCUACUGUCUAGGUGUUGAGAUUGAAAUGUUUUACUGUAAGUGGCAGUCUUGAAGCACUUGGCCCAAUCCCUGACCUCUCACUGAAAUCUAUUCGUGCCUCAACUGAGUGAAGAAUAUAAACAUCCAUGAAACCUGUGCAGCUAUGGAUACACACUGUAUAGUAUUCAAACCACGCCUUGUAUAUAUAUAUGCCACACGGAGGACUUCUGUGUUUUGUUUUAAACUUGUACCUUGCUCACUAGCUCUAUAUGAAAUAUAUAUAUGAAUAUUUUUUAUUUUAAUUUGAAUGUAUAACGUCAAAUAAAUGAAGUGUUUGGAAAUGUG